GUGAGUGAUGCAGUGCCUUGCCUCACACUAUCCUGCCAUCAGUUUCCAAAUCAAACUUUUUUUGCAUCAUGAAUAGGUACCUUUAAAAAGUCGUUGCCUAGCAACGAGUGAGUACAUUUGUAAAUAAAACACACAGAAAUACGAAAAAAAAGUGUCUGUUUUAAAUUAUUUUUCCUAAACGUGGUUUAUAAAGUAGGUAUUUUGUUAGUGGAAUAUGAGUGUGAAAUGUCGAAAGAUAACUCCAAUCUCCGCCUGCUAGGGUCGCCUGUUAAUCUCUCGUACCGCAACAAAAAGAAAGACGACAGGAAGAACAUAAGAAACAGGCCAAGAUCAGCGCUGCAAAACUCUUGUCUUACACCGGAUGUACAAGAGAGGUAUAAACGACCAUUCUCUGCUGACACAAAGGACCGUGCCUCAUCUACAAGAAGUUUCUUGAAAACAUUCACUGCGGACUUACUUCAAUCAUACAAUAAUUCUCCAACUCCAGUACGUGUUGUUCCACCAACUACGGACUUGCUCCGUGCCUCCAUUCAGAGCUACCCGAUUCCAAGAGACAAGGACCUGUGUAGUAAUGCCUCAGAUUAUGGCUCCGAAGACACUUUCAUUAGUCUAGGAACUAAGAUUAAAGCUAGGGCUCAAUCUAGUCCCAAACCUAAGAACUCUAACAACAAAAAUCAUUUGAAAUAUAGGAACAUUAAUAAACGAAACCGUAAGGCUAUGGAGAAUAAUUUGAGUGAAGACCAAAGUAGUUUAGGUUAUGGAAUGGAAGUUAAGAUAACUGAAAGGCCUCAGAGACUUCUGUCGCCAAAAAGAAAAGAAAUGCUAUUUGAAAGGAACGGUUCACCAUUUAAAAGCCAUAUGUAUGAGUCUUAUUUUGUUCCUUUGGAUUCUGAUAGAAAGAGUCCAGAAAAUUCUCUAGCUGAAUGUGUGACUUUUGGUAAUAAUAAUAUACAGGCUGAAGUUGAAGAAGCUAUAGAUUCGUACUCGCGUAGACUGACACUCACUCAGCAACAACUGUCUCUUGUUGAAGAAGAGUCGACACAAGAUCUGGAAAGUGUUCCAUCGCAGCACAUGCCUAGUCUUUCUCCCGAAAAUUCAUUAGGUGACCCAAAAAAUAUAAACGAGAAUGUCGAAGAAAAUUAUACUGGUCGCAACACUUACGUGGUAGAUGUAAAGGAUGAUGAUUAUUGUAAACCUCAAACGUAUUUAGGUGAUACUAGGACUUACAGUAGCUUCUAUGACGAUUUCCAUACAAAUAACUUUGAUAAUUAUAAGACUAAAAUGUCUAGCACUGUUUUGAAUACUGAUUCAUCUUCUAAAGAUUCUGGCUAUCAUGACAGUGGAACCAAUGAUGAAAAGAAUUUUGGUACAAACUUCUCACUUCCAUCGACGUCCCUAAAGAGAUCUAAAUCGCAGAACAAGGUAGAAGAUCAACCAAAAAGUUUAGAUAGUGUUUCUACUACCAGCAAUGAAAAAGGCUAUAAAACAUUUCCAUUGGAUAAAAAGUAUCCUUGGAGCGAACCUUUAAACCAUAGUCGUUUGCUAUACAAAGACUUUUUCUUAAAGAAAGAAGGACAUAUUGCUUUGCCCCCACAAAACUCCCCAAGUAAAAGUGAUAUACAAAGUAUCCCGAGCACAAGUGAAACCGCAGAUGUUAUUAAAACAGAAAAAGAUGUUAAUCUAGAUUAUCCAUCGUAUUUAAUGAAUAGUACCACAAAAGCAUAUACAUCUAAAGUAAUAGAAGAUUACAAAAAGGAAAUAGAAGCCAUAAAUAACUUACAUGAAUUAACGUUAAAAGACAUUAAAACGGAAUCUAUAUCGCCUACUCCAUUAAACAUAGAUAAAAUGUUUGAGCUAAAUUCAUCAACAUUCAACGACGAUAAGAAAGAUAUUUCAUCACCUGAAGAUUCUGAUAUUACUGAUGUACCUAUGAAAAAUAAUAUGAUCAGUAAUUGUCUAGAAAAUAAUAAAAUAGACAUUUCUAAAGUAUCCACUAAAGAAUUGAUACAAAACUAUUUAAAAGUAAAAGAAGGAGAUUAUUUAUCUAAGAACAACAAGAAGUUUGAUAAGAAAAAUAGUAAUCUGAGUUUGAAAUUUAGCGAUACUGUUCCUAAACAAGAAUGGAAUAAUAAAAAUUCUAAAGCAGGGCUUAAGUCAACUAUUCCUGUUAACAUCAGAAAUCAAACUCAGCGUCAUCUGUGUAAUGCCCGUACACCUUUGAGCGCUAGAAUCGAAAGUGUACAACAUGACAAAGAUAUUGAUUCCUGGAUGUCAUUAUCGGCUCCUUCGCCAAGAAAUUUAGAAGUUAAUGAAGUAGAACCAAUAGCUGAAACAUCAAAACCCGUAGAGAUCAAGCAGAUUGAUGAAAAGAUUGAAGAUAAAUCAACAGUCGAUGUGCCUACUCCAUCGACUACAACAGCUGAAACUCCUAAAAGCAAAGAGUUGAAUAGUAACUCAACAGUUUUAGAUAUUUAUUCUAUGUUAAAAGAAAUCGAAAGUUACGGAGACAAUCCCGUGACUUCAGUCGCCAGAGCUGACGUCCCUGAAGCUAGUAACCAAGGAGAUUCUAAAAAAGAGGAAGAUACAGUUCCUAAAGAUAAUUUCUUGGAAAUAUUUGAAUUUUUGGAGAAAGUUGAGCAAAGCGCCAAUGACGCUUUAUCAGUAGUCACAAGCGCCACUCCUCAGACUGUACCAAAAUUGGAAGUCCUUCUGAAACUGCCGUCGAUGGAGCUGGCGCAGAGAUUGGUGACGGCGUCAUUGCAACUGGAAGAGAGAUCUUGCUGCAUCGCGCUACUGCAGGAAAGUCUGGCCAAUCACAAGGAACAGAUGGUUAACAAAGUGAGCAACCUGGAGAAGCAGUCGCUCCGCAACAUCGCCAAAGUGAAGCAGGAGUGCGAGGAAACCAUCAAACGACACCAGAAUUUUAUUGAUCAGCUAAUAAAUGACAAGAAGACCCUCAACCACCGCAUAGAGCAACUAGUCGACGAGAGACGUUCUCUAGAAGAAAGAUGGAAGCGAUCCGCGCAAGCGCUUGAAGAGAGAUACAAGCUGGAGCUGAGGAACCAACACGACAAGAUGGCGGCCGCGCAACAGGUGGCCAGGCAGCGUUGGGUGAGGCAAAAAGCUGAGAAAAUUAAGGAGUUAACAGUAAAAGGUCUCGAAGGCGAACUUCGCGAGAUGGCUGAACGUCAGCAGAAAGAAGUAUCUGACCUGAAAAUGUCGCACGCUGAGCAGAUGGGUCGCGCUCACGCCAAGCACGCGGCCGAACUAGAGGAGUUGAGACGAACACUGGAGGCUGAGAAGGAAACUGCUUUGGUUAAAGAGAGGCAAAUGGCAGCUACUAGGCUAGAGAAGCAGAUAUUGGAACUAGAGCUAACAUAUCAAGAGCAGCGCACUCGACUCAUGGCGGAGAUGAGAGCGGAGAACGAACGCGCGGCCAACGACCUCGGGGCACGUGAGCGGGAGAGAAGAGAGGAAAUAGAAAAAUGGAGAGAAGAACAAGAGAAGCUGUUAGAAGAGAAAAAGCUACAGCUACAGGAACAUAUCGCCGAGGAAAAGGAGAAAAUCGAAGAACAACUUAAAGAGAAAACAAGAGAGCUUGAACAGAAAUUCGAGCAAUACAAGAAAGAAUUUGAGGCGGAACAGCAGAUGAAUUUGAAGAGGAAGAUAUCAGAGAUAUCCGCUCAGCACAAGUUGGAGCGAGACAGGGAGAUAGAGCGGGCCAUAGACAACAUGGAGGCCGAGGCUCAGGUGGGGAGGAAGGAGCUGCAGGAGGCGAUCAGGAGAAACAAGGAACAGUACGAGGCGGAGCUGAAGGAGUUGGCGGAGACUGAGCAAGCGACGUUGCGGCGAUAUCAAGAGGCGCAGGCCCGGGUGCGCCACACUGAGCAAACUUGCGCUGAUUUUGAAGUCACAAUCAGUCAACUGGAGACUCGCAACAAACUUUUAAUUGAGAAAAACAACCAACUGGAAGCGCAAAUGUCAGAAAUCCGGUCGAGCGCAGAGCUGGCGUGGGCGCAGCGCGUGGACUCGCUCAAGAAAGAGACGGACGAUAUGAAGAGGACGCACGAGGAACAGAUGCACCAGCUGUAUGCCAAGGUGAAAGUGGCAGUGGCACGCAAAGACUCCGCCAUACAGGCGCUCACCCGCGAAGCCGGGAAGUACCAGGAGAAGAUAACUCUAUUGGAGCAGAAACUUCAGCAACAACGAAAGGACUUCCUCAAGCAAAAAUAAUUCAGAUCUCGUGAGCUAUAAGGUAUAUAAUUGCAUUUUUUUUAUUAGCCCAUGGUGAGCUGGGCAAAGGCCUGCUCAUCGCACUACUCCUUAUAAUAAUGUCAGCUAGUACUAGGAGAAGAUAAUCUUAUAGGAGCAUCCACUGCGAAAGGAUUAUCAUCAGUAUCAAUAAUCGUCUUUGUUACUCGCGACAAAUAUAAGAAAGUAUCAGGAGAAGAUUAUUAUUUAAGAAAAAAGUACGGUUGGAAGGAUCUUCUCAGGCAAAAAAUAAGAACAUUUUUUUAUUCGAAUGCUUUCGUUUUUGUGAGCACUUUGUCACAAAAUUUUUUUGUAUCUUAUUAAAAAAAUAAUAACCACAUAGGGUUACCACUAUAUUAUUACAAAAGGUACUAAUUAUAACGCUUUCGAAAGUGUAAUGUUUUUUUAACUACCACUAUAAGCCAACAUUCAGAUUAAAGUGUGUUUUGUUACGAGUAUAUGCUGUGUUAUUGCAAAAUUAUCUUGUGAAGCAUUUGUAUUAUCCUUUUAUAAUCGUAUCUUUUUGAGCAAGUUUCGCAAAUUCCGAGUGAAUUAAAGUGAUAUUAUAUAAUUAUAUGAUGUUAAUAAAAAUGUUCUCGCUUUGUGCUCCAGUGGGGGGCGCCAUUGUAGCCUUGAUCAAAAUAUUGUUGAACUCGCACAAACAAUUCUACUGAUUUUUUAAGAUCUCAUAGCUAAGUUAGCAUAAAUUAGAAUAAUUUGAAAAUUAUUUAUUUUUUAUGAUUCCAAUUUGUAUUCCGUCCAGUGAAAUUAUGCAUUUUACUAUUUAUUUUAGGAUAUUUAUAUUUGUAAUAGAAUAUUGAUUUGUUAAAAUACCAAAGAAUUUCACGUACUUUUUCUUGUGUAAAAGUUAGAGGGCAAUUAUUUUUUAUUUCUAAGUGCUCCAUAGAUAAUAUAGAAUAUUUAUCUUUGGUUCGUUUACAUAUUUUAAGGAAUAGUUGUCCUCUGACUAGCUAGAUAUAUACUAGAGCUAUUUAACAUUUAUGUAUAGAGAAAUUUUUUAAAACACGAAAUAUAUUUUUCUCUUCUCUAUUAUCUGUCUGUAAACUAGACAUGUGACGCCAUUUUUGUUUCAAAGCAAUGUGAUGUGGUUGCCAAUAAAUGUUAUUUUAGCAUAAAA